ACUGAUAAAUCUGAACUCCGUUGCUGACCAGCUCACUCAUAAUCUUGAUCUUUAAUUUAUCCAGUUCACUCUUGGAUACCGUGUCUGCCUUAGCAAUGACCGGGAUGAUGUUCACCUGCACGGAUAAACAUAAAAUCUCCUGAAUCUUAAACAUACCUACACAGAGGAUGUUGAAGCUAAACCCCUGAGCAGCCGAUUUGCUGACCAGCUGAUCUGGAAGACUGUCAAACCCCACAUGGCCUCCGAGCUCCAGGUUUCGCUUUUCUUCAUUCUGAGGACAAGAGGACGACAUGUCUCUAACCCAAGAAUCGAUCCUGUCCUUCCUGCUGGAGCGCGGAGGGAAGGCGAGGAACUCGGAGCUGCUGAACACUUUCAGGAGUCAGAUCGACGGCAGCGAUCCCGCGGAAAAGCAGCACAAUAGGGACCUGUUCAAGAAGCUGGUGAACAGCGUGGCGGUGGUCAAACAGCUCGACGAGGCCAAGUUCGUCGUCGUGAAGAAGAGGUACCAGGACUUUGUCAGGGAGCAGACGGAUGACAGCUUCUCGAGCCGCAACACGAGCUGCUCCUGCACACCUCCCCGCCGCGUCGACGACGACGACACGGACUGUCCCCUCAACGCCAACUGCAAUUACUACGGUGAUGCCAAGCAUGUGUCUGCGCGGAGUGUGCAGCAGAGAAGCACAAGUAGCGUGGACACAGCUACUGUCAAAGUCCUGAACAUCUCCGCAGAUCACGCGAGCAGAGCGGGGAAGUCCGGGCCUGUGUUCGCUGUCAUAGCAGUGAAAUCCCCACCGAGGGGCCCUGCACCAGCCGCCCAGGGGGGGUUCGGGCCCCAAGUGCACCGGCACGAAACUUCACACAAAACAAUCACUUUUUCAACCGAGGCUUCUGCAGCGUCUGUGCAAACCCCGACUUCUCACUUUCCAGCUUGUGAGAGCGAGGCACUGAGUGAGCACCAAUGCAGCAAAAGCAGCCCAACAGAGGACAUGCUACCUCCAGGGUUUCCCCUGGUGAGGCCCCAAAGCAAGGCCACAAGACAAGCAGAUGAUGCCAAGUACACUGAGUCUGUGCCCUUGGAGCCAGUAGCUCAUGAGUGGUUGGUGAAGUGUGCUGCUGGACUGUGGGGGCAAAUCCACGCUUUGCUCCUGCGGGACACACGGCUGGCACAAAAGAAAGACUUCAUGUCAGGUUUCACAGCACUACACUGGGCCGCCAAGGACGGCAACAGCGAGAUGAUACACAAGCUCAUGGAUGUCUCCAGGAAGAGAGGCACUUACAUCAACGUCAACAGCAAGACACACGGAGGAUACACGCCUUUGCACGUCGCAGCCAUACACGGCCACACCGAGGUGAUGGUCCUGCUCGUGCAAGGGUUUGGAGCCAGUGUGAACGAGAGGGAUAACGCUGGCAAGAAGGCCUUCCGCUACCUUGGUGAAGGUGUGUCGGCCGAGGUCAAAGCACUUUUGGGAGGACUGCAGCAGAGCAAGUACAGGGAGAGGACAGAAGACGAAGACGACUACAGAGAACACACGAAAGGCUUCAACACCAUUAGUAAACUGUUCCAGCCUCACAUAGGGAAGAAACAUAAGACGACAACAAAGUUUGUGCAUGACUGGUGACGAUGACAUGGAUCACAUUGUGCUGUCGGAUGAAUAAUUGUAAGAUACAAUACUGCUGUAAUUUGUAUGUUAUGUUAAUAUAAAACAGCUUAAACCAUU